GUUCGGUGCCCGAGCUACCCCUAUUUUAAUCUGCCUGCAAUUCUCGCUUUUCUUUCUCGUCUAGUUUCAUUCAAUCUUUUCAUAGUUUACAUUAUUGAUUUUAAUUGGAAAUCCGUUUGGGAAAGUGUUUUAGCUACUGUUGAUUGAGUAUUUGAUUGCAAAAUGUGAUGUGAUAUGCGUGGAUUGAGGUUCAAUAAUCUGUAGAAAGAAAAUUUUAUUCUUUCUUCAAAACCCAACUUCUUGUUUCUUUCUACCAUUGGUUUGUGUUGAAUUUGGAGAACUGUAGCGGGAGGCAAGAUGCAGAAUUAAUGAAUUUGUGGUGUUUAUACUUAUUUGGAGAAAUUUCUGUGUGGACUGCGAUCAACUCAACAAUUGAUUCCGCUUACAAAAGGCUUCUGACGUGAUACCUCUGGCAGUGGGCAUAAGCAGCAAUAUAAUGCCAAGGGAUUUGAGUAUUUAGUGUAAUGGAAAGUCAUUGGCAAUUGGGUAGCUUGGGUUUGCUGGAGUUUAGAUGGCUCUACCUUUAGAGAGGAACGGAGAUGGUAGAGAGCAACUUGGAUACAGAAAAAGUUGAGUGCACGGAAGUUGACAUUCAGAACGGAAUCCACGUGUUAGGUUUUCAGAGAGAUCCUUCGUUCUCGGGCUGGUGUGAUGAGAACGGAAUAAUCCAUCCAGAUCAUGAACUAAAAGAUGAGGAUGCAGACGUAGAAUGCUUCGAUUUCGAAUUACCUUUGCUUCAAGAAAGCGAUUUCAGCAAAAAUAUGGAUGGUGUUUCUACUCCUCGUCCAAGAAUCAGAAAUGAGAAGUAUUUGCCUCUUGAUAUCGAAAAUGGGCAUGGAAGUGAGCUAAAUUUCUCGAGUGACGGAGUUUAUGGCUCCAAUUUUUUUAAUAACCAUGAAGCAUCACCACCAAUUCACAAGAGCUCCAUUUCUGUUUCCGAUGUACUGAAGACAUUGUUUUUCAUACUUGUUUGGUACACUUUCAGCACAUUCUUGACAUUGUACAACAAAACACUGUUAGGAGAAGAUCUGGGAAAGUUCCCUGCUCCUUUAUUGAUGAAUACCUUCCACUUUGCAAUGCAAGCUGUUUUAGCGAAAUCCAUUACAUGGUUUUGGCCUCAGAGAUUUCAACCUAGUGUAACUAUGUCAUGGAGGGAUUACUUUGUAAGAGUUGUACCAAUGGCUCUUGGAACAGCACUGGAUAUAAACUUGAGCAACGCUUCCCUUGUUUUUAUCUCUGUUACAUUUGCCACUAUGUGCAAAUCUGCAUCUCCUAUAUUUCUCCUCCUAUUUGCUUUUGCAUUCAGGUUGGAGUCUCCAAGCGUCAAGCUUGUAGGUAUCAUCUUAAUUAUCUCUACUGGAAUAUUAUUAACAGUUGCAAAGGAGACAGAAUUUGAGUUCUGGGGUUUUAUUUUUGUUAUGCUUGCUUCUGUUAUGUCUGGGUUCCGUUGGUGCAUGACUCAGAUUCUUCUUCAGAAAGAGGUCUAUGGUUUAAGAAAUCCUCUUACCUUGAUGAGCUAUGUGGCUCCGGUAAUGGCAGUGGCAACUGCUAUACUGUCUCUCGUAAUGGAUCCAUGGGAUGAAUUCAAGGUGAACGAUUACUUCAAUAGUUCAUGGAAUAUUGCUCGAAGUUGCUUGCUGAUGCUUUUUGGUGGAACUCUGGCUUUUUUCAUGGUACUGACAGAAUACAUUCUUGUCUCAGUAACCAGUGCAGUAACAGUGACAAUAGCAGGAGUUGUCAAGGAAGCUGUCACUAUUUUGGUUGCAGUGUUUUACUUCCAUGAUCAGUUUACCUGGUUGAAAGGGGUUGGUCUGUUGACAAUCAUGGUUGGUGUCAGUUUGUUCAACUGGUACAAAUACCAAAAGCUAAAGAAGGGAGAAACAAAUAAAGAUACGGGAGAGUCACUAACAACCAGUGCUGCUGCCAAAUAUGUUAUUCUUGAGGAGAUGGAUGAUCAAGAUAAUGGUUCUUGAAACUUCGAUUAUCAACAUCAUCUGAUUCUAAUAAACUCAAAUUUGAUCUGGUGCAGUAAGAUAUGAUUCAGAAAGGGGUAAUUCUCAGGUUUGCUUGAUUGAAAGGCUUUUGGUGGGCACAACUUGUGGGGAAGCUGAGAGUGGCACGAUAUUCCUUUCUUUUCAAGCUUUGCCAUUCAAUUUCUAUGGUUCCUUUGUCGUCUUGGUUGGUAAGGGAAGGAAGUUGUGGUUGAUUAAAACAAGUCAAUCAUCAACCAAACAAUUGCCAUUGACUAGAUGCGAACCAUUAGGAUAAGGACCCCUUUGUUAUAAUAGCAUUUUAUAUAUUCAAUCAAUUGUAUAUUAUAUUCUGAUUCUGCUUCAGAAUGUGUCUCCAGAUGCCAAUUUUGAUAUUAAUCCAAUUUUUCACCAUCAUUAUUGCUACUGUCGAGAGAUGUAAUAAUAGAUGGAGAGUGCAUUUUUUCCAUAGUUUGUUUUUCACAUUUUCUUAUAUGGAAUGUGUUGCUCGGUCAUGUUUGUAAAUAUUAAAUUAAUAUGCAUUAAACAUUUGGUUAUAGAACUCACUUAUCAGAAUA